CCCAAUUAAUGGGAAUUGCAGUACCAAUAUUAAUGGUGAUAAUUUUUUUCUAUUCCUAUUACGUUUACGUGGUGGAAAUUUGCAUUUUUAAAGUUCCAACAACAACCAAACGGACGAUUUAUUUAGUUUUUUACCACAUUUUUGCGAUUAAUUUAACCGUCUUUUACUUUGCGUGCAUCGGAGUUCAAACUGAAGAUGUUCCCGACGAAUAUGGAUUAACAUAUAACGAAUCGGAUCAAAUCGAUAAAUUAUCUAAAAAUAGAUUAGAAUUAAGAAAUUUCCUUCAAACGUUAUGUGUAAGAAAAAGGAUAAGAACGUAUACAAGAAAGGGUGGAUUAAUUAGGUAUUGUUUGAAAUGUAAUUUAAUAAAACCAGAUAGAACCCAUCAUUGUUCAUCUUGUGGAAGAUGUAUUUUAAAAAUGGACCAUCAUUGCCCUUGGGUUAAUAAUUGCGUGGGUUUUGGAAAUUACAAAAUCUUUAUAUUGCUCUUAAUAAGUCUUUAUAUUUAUUGUUUCUUUUACUCCUUCACAACAGCUGAAUACGUUUUAGAAUUUUUCCAUUCUUUACAAGAAAUCAAGUAUAAUGAAGUCCAAUACGUGACAUUAACAUUUCUUCUUUUUUGUGCUGGGAUCGCUGAUUUUUGCCUCUUCAUUUUCCACAUGACGUUAUUGCUAAACAAUGACACCACUUUGGAAGUUAUGCAACCAAAUGAAUACUCUGAAGAUAUUACGUUUAAUUUGGGAGCUUGCGAUAAUUUUUUAGAAGUGUUUGGUUAUAAUUGGUGUUUAUGGUGUAUACCAGUUAUGACGAGUGUGGGUGAUGGGGUUACUUUUCCUAUUGUUUAUCUGCAUUAAAUUUUGUGAUAUC